AUGUUUCUUUUUGUGUUUUUUACCGCAUCAUAUGUUAAAAAUGGUAACAUUGAGCAAGGCAAACUAGUAACUUUUGCUCCUGAUUAUGGUUACAUGAAAGGAGGACGAAUUAACGUAGUAAUUGUUGGAAGAAACGUUACUGGUACAACCUUUGCACUUCUCAGUCAAUUACAAUAUCAUCAGAACUACUCAAAGUUAAAAGAAAAGGAUAAAUUCUGUGGUAAUAUUUCCAAAAUUAAAGAUACGCAAGUUUAUAGAUGUACAUCUGGUUUCGCAGCUUGCAAAUGGAAUGCCACAAUACAAAGAAAAGACAUAUAUUAUCCAGUAAUUUACAAUUGCGAAGAUCGAAGACUUGAUUAUCAAAUUACGUACUUAAAUUAUCAGACCUAUUUAGAUAUCAGAGAGAGAUUUACACCAAUGAUUGCAAUGGGAAUCUCUAUUUUAUACACAAUCCUUACAAUGUUUUGGAUUUACAACAUUCACUCAUACCAGCAGUUUAAUAUACAGCUUGUUAAUGGUUUCGCGUUUACAUGUGCCUUUAAAGCUAUAUCUGUCGGAAUUCUUGCAUACUAUUGGGCCGAAAAGUCAGAAAAAGAAUCUAUUCCGUUCAAAUUUGAAGUUACUGUUGAAUUAUUCCAAAUUGUAUCAAAUGGAUUGAUAUUUAUGAUAAACGUAUUUGCUACUGACGGCAUGAGCAUCAUUCGAGGCUGUCAAAAUUUCAAAGAUUUUCUAAAUAAGUUCAUUCUCUGCAAUCUUUUCUUCCUUUAUAGGCGCUUAAUACACUAUACAGACAGUAUACUCCUUGUUGUUGUAUAUACUUUCCUUUGUAUCAUCUUCUACGCUUCAUAUGUAAAUCUUGUUGGACGAGGAACGUAUGUUAUCCAACAGAUUGGCGACCAAUUUGAAAAUGACAGACAGAUAUCUCUUAAGUACGCUCUAGCUAUCAAAUUUAAUGUAAUUAUUACACAAUUAUUGUUAUUUUUUGUUAUUUGUAUUUCAUAUGCAAUGCUUAUAGAGAUAAGAUACACAUUACUCUUCUUAUGUGAAGAGUCGCUUGUUAUUUUCGUUGUUUAUAUAGAUUAUGCCUACUUCAAAAUCAGAAAAGAUUUUGUUCCUCCUGAAAUUCAAAUAGAAGAAGCUCACGAAGUUAUUGACCCGUCAGGAAUAUCCUACGUGGAGGAACCGUUAGCUAAUGAACUUGCUUUUGUCUCUAACCAUGAAAGCCAUCAGACAGCUUAA